AUGGCUUUGGCAAAUACUAGGCCGGUCCACCAGCUACCAGUCCAUUCUCCCCAUACGGAAUUCAGCGAGAUCAACUUGAAUCCCCCUUCGAAAAUCAAGCUAUCGCCCUCCCAGAUCCUGAGUCCAAAGCCUGUUUCAUCAUCAUCAAACAUUAUACUAAAACCCAUAGCCAAUGUCCAUUCAUCAGAGGCCAAGCCAUCGUCAGAAUCUAAAUCAUCUCCUGAAUCGCUGGUCCACGACGAGGUCGACGACGACGAAGAAGAAGAGGUGGUGGCAGUAGUGGCACCAGAAGACUCAUGCCCAUCAACCAGCACUUCUCCACUAAAUGAUGAUGAUGUACCACCACAUCCACCAUCAACAGCGUCAAAGAAGAGGCCAGAUGCUGAUAAACCCCGCAAAAAGUAUAAUAUCAACCCAGAUAAGCAGAAAGAGAAGAAAGCAAACAAAAUCAACGUAGCGGCCACUGGGAUCUCUACCACCAUCCCGGUUACAGGGGAAAGACCUCGGCCAGAAAAGGACGCGUCAUUGGAAGAUGAUGUGUUAUUUACGAUUUUUCUGAUAUUGUACGAUAACGAUGCCGAAGGGAAAGGGAUGACGGUGAAACAAAUUUGUGAUGUUUUGCUUGAAAAGCAUCCAGAAACUGCCAAGAUCUCCACCAAGACUUCGAACUUGGUGUCGGCAAAGUUGAAUGCUUAUGUUAAGAGGGUAGAAAAGGGAGAAAAGAACUUGAAGUAUGCACUUUCGAGAGAAUGGGCCGACACCUCUCCCAAGAGAAUGGUUUAUGUAUACCGAGGGAUUUUGACCAAUGAUUUUUACAUCCAUGCGAUUGCUGCCAUGAAAAGUUUGGAAGAAAAUUUUGAGGAGAAAAACGGGGGGAUUUCCAAUGAUGAGCUAUCAAAGCACAAAUCAGUAGGUGAUAAAAAGCGGACGGUGAACAAUAUUUUAUUUAGCAAUGAUAAAUCGGCAGGCAAUGCCAAUAUUAACCUUGGCAACAGCAACCAUUUCUUCAACAAUAAUUCUGAAGGGCACAUUGAUUUACGAAUCACUCCAUUAGCGAUUCCUUACAACGCCGACUUGAUCAUGUCGGCCGAAUCGAAUCAUUUGAAUGCCACUACCGAUUCAACCACCAUAACCCCUACCAGUAGUAAUGACGACAGCACUACUGCCACUACCAAUGCUACUGUUUACGAGUCUCCAGCGGUAUCGGAUUAUGAUUUUGACGAAUUGGACUCGUUUGAUGACGAGUUUGAUAAUGGAGAAGAAGAAGAAGAAGACGAUGACGAUGACGAAGAUGAAGAGGAUGAAGAUGACGAGACCGAACCUAAGAAACGGGCGAAUUCCGGCAGUUUGCGGUACCCUAGCAAGCUCAUCAAACGAGUCAAGAAUAUCACUGCUGCGGCAGCAGCCCCAAGAGUUCCAAAAAACAUUGCCAACUCUCCAUCUCCCAGCAUUGUACUUGCUGCAGCGGCGUCAUUGAGGGCCGCAGCAUUGCAUGCUUUAUCCCCACUGGAAUCGAACCCUAGUAACUUAGCUGACGAUAAGACCACCAGAUGGAUCCAAACUGUUCGUGAAGGGUUCUUGACCCAAGAUAUUGGGACUCCUGAAGACAUUUCAUUAGCGGAGCUUGAUAUGUUGUUUAACUAG